GCGGAGGAGGCUCGAGUGGUGCAGUGAGGGACAAACAAAAGGAGGCGCCGGAGGGGCGCAGCGGCCGGCGGCGGGACGGAGCAGCGGGGGCGCCGGGCUGCCUGCGCGGCGGCCGGGCGCGGCGGGCCCAGGGAGGCCUCGUCCAUGGAGCGGGAGGAAUGCCCGGACCCUGCCCCGACAGACGCGGGCCAGCCUCACCCCCGACGGCCAGCGCGCAGAUAGCAGCGCUCACUACUAGGAGGAGCCAUGAUUCCGGUGACGGAGCUCCGCUACUUUGCGGACACGCAGCCGGCCUACCGCAUCCUCAAGCCGUGGUGGGACGUGUUCACCGACUACAUCUCCAUCGUCAUGCUGAUGAUCGCCGUGUUCGGGGGCACGCUGCAGGUGACGCAGGACAAGAUGAUCUGCCUGCCCUGUAAGUGGGUCACCCGGGAUGCCUGCAACGACUCCUUCCGCGGCUGGGCGGCGCCCGAGCACGCCUACUUCAACGCCAGCCUCCUGAGCGGCCCCGACGCCGGCCCCACGGGCAUCAAGUACGACCUGGACCGGCACCAGUACAACUACGUGGACGCCGUGUGCUACGAGAACCGCCUGCACUGGUUCGCCAAGUACUUCCCCUACCUGGUGCUACUGCACACCCUCAUCUUCCUGGCCUGCAGCAACUUCUGGUUCAAGUUCCCGCGCACCAGCUCGAAGCUGGAGCACUUCGUGUCCAUCCUGCUCAAGUGCUUCGACUCGCCCUGGACCACGCGGGCCCUGUCAGAGACGGUGGUGGAGGAGAGCGACCCCAAGCCGGCCUUCAGCAAGAUGAACGGCUCUGUGGACAAGAAGGCGUCGACGGUCAGCGAGGACGUGGAGGCCACCGUGCCCAUGCUGCAGCGGACCAAGUCCCGCCUGGAGCAGGGCAUCGUGGACCGCUCGGAGACGGGCGUGCUGGACAAGAAGGAGGGCGAGCAGGCCAAGGCGCUCUUCGAGAAGGUGAAGAAGUUCCGCACGCACGUGGAGGAGGGCGACAUCGUGUACCGGCUCUACAUGCGCCAGACCAUCAUCAAGGUGGUCAAGUUCAUCCUCAUCAUCUGCUACACCGUCUACUACGUGCACAACAUCAAGUUCGACGUGGACUGCACGGUGGACAUCGAGAGCCUGACGGGCUACCGCACCUACCGCUGCGCCCACCCGCUGGCCACGCUCUUCAAGAUCCUGGCGUCCUUCUACAUCAGCCUGGUCAUCUUCUACGGCCUCAUCUGCAUGUACACGCUGGGCUGGAUGCUGCGCCGCUCGCUCAAGAAGUACUCGUUCGAGUCCAUCCGCGAGGAGAGCAGCUACAGCGACAUCCCCGACGUGAAGAACGACUUCGCCUUCAUGCUGCACCUCAUCGACCAGUACGACCCGCUCUACUCCAAGCGCUUCGCCGUCUUCCUGUCGGAGGUGAGCGAGAACAAGCUGCGGCAGCUGAACCUCAACAACGAGUGGACGCUGGACAAGCUGCGCCAGCGGCUGACCAAGAACGCGCAGGACAAGCUGGAGCUGCACCUGUUCAUGCUCAGCGGCAUCCCGGACACCGUGUUCGACCUGGGCGAGCUGGAGGUCCUCAAGCUGGAGCUCAUCCCGGACGUGACUAUCCCGCCCAGCAUCGCGCAGCUCACGGGCCUGCAGGAGCUGUGGCUCUACCACACGGCGGCCAAGAUCGAGGCGCCCGCGCUGGCCUUCCUGCGCGAGAACCUGCGGGCCCUGCACAUCAAGUUCACGGACAUCAAGGAGAUCCCGCUGUGGAUCUACAGCCUCAAGACGCUCGAGGAGCUGCACCUGACGGGCAACCUGAGCGCCGAGAACAACCGCUACAUCGUCAUCGACGGGCUGCGCGAGCUCAAGCGCCUCAAGGUGCUGCGGCUGAAGAGCAACCUGAGCAAGCUGCCGCAGGUGGUGACGGACGUGGGCGUGCACCUGCAGAAGCUCUCCAUCAACAACGAGGGCACCAAGCUCAUCGUGCUCAACAGCCUCAAGAAGAUGGUGAACCUGACGGAGCUGGAGCUGCUCCGCUGCGACCUGGAGCGCAUCCCGCACUCCAUCUUCAGCCUGCACAACCUGCAGGAGAUCGACCUCAAGGACAACAACCUCAAGACCAUCGAGGAGAUCAUCAGCUUCCAGCACCUGCACCGCCUCACCUGCCUUAAGCUCUGGUACAACCACAUCGCCUACAUCCCCGUGCAGAUCGGCAACCUCACCAACCUCGAGCGCCUCUACCUGAACCGCAACAAGAUCGAGAAGGUCCCCACGCAGCUCUUCUACUGCCGCAAGCUGCGCCACCUGGACCUCAGCCACAACAACCUGACCUUCCUGCCCGCCGACAUCGGCCUGCUGCAGAACCUCCAGAACCUGGCCGUCACGGCCAACCGGAUCGAGGCGCUGCCCCCCGAGCUCUUCCAGUGCCGGAAGCUGCGGACGCUGCACCUGGGCAACAACGUGCUGCAGUCGCUGCCGUCGCGCGUGGGCGAGCUGACCAGCCUGAGCCAGAUCGAGCUGCGCGGCAACCGGCUCGAGUGCCUGCCCGUGGAGCUGGGCGAGUGCCCGCUGCUGCGGCGCAGCGGCCUGGUGGUGGAGGAGGACCUGCUGGCCACGCUGCCCCCCGAGGUGAAGGAGCGGCUCUGGAAGGCCGACAAGGAGCAGGCCUGAGCCCCGCCGCGCCCGCCCGCCCCGCCGAGGGGCUGGCCCCUCGCUCCCGGGACUCGCCCCCGGCCCGGCGCUGUCGGGAGACCCCCGCCCUCGCCGCCCUCCUCGGAGCCCCCGUGUCCAGACUGACAAUCAAGGCCCCCCGGCGGGGGCCGAACCGGCGCCAGGGACCCGGGAUCCCUGCGCUCUCGCCCCUCCUGCGGGGAGCUUCGACAUUCCCAAGGAAGUCGGGGGCUGGGGAGCCGCCGGGAUUCUGGGCCGCGACCCCCCACCCCCGCCCCCACCCCCGGGCGCCAGCUGUGGGUCGGGGACCCCCGGGUGCCAGGCUGGGCUCAGGCCCCGGGCAGCAGCCCGCCCGGUGGCCAGGCCCAGCUGCGGCUUCUACUGCAUCCGUUUUAGAUCCUUUUUCUUUUCUAGUGAAAAAGAAAACACAGAAACCAAAUUUUUUUUUUAAGAAAAAAAAAGCUUCAAAAAGCAAUGGUUUGGGUAUUAAACGGAAAUAAAACUUCACAAAAAAAAUAAAAAGGGACACUGAAGGCCAGCAAGGGGGACCCGGCUGCCUCGGCCCGGGGCCAGGGGAUGCUUUCGGGGGUCUCGGUCCUCUGCCACCUUUCCUUUUGGGGCGUCUUGUUUUUCGUUCUCCCCCACGUCUUGGCGGGUGCUCACUUCUGUGGCUGCUGGCCAGGGGAGCCCGGAGGGGAGGGGGGUGGGGAGGCCCCCCCCCAUUGUCCAGUGUUAAGGAGCGGGGCCAACCGCUUUCCCUCCGCGCAUUCCGCCCGGACUCUGCCAGGGCCACCAGCAGCCCCCCCUGCCUCCCCCGCUCCGUCCUGUCCUGUGGCCCCCACUUCCUGUCCAGGUGCCGGGGGCUCCCACAGUGUCCCGGCGCCGUAGCGGGAAGCCACUCCUGUUAGAUCCAUCUCCGGGGGAGGGUCCCCCGCCGGAGACGAUCACUCGGACACUAAGGCACGUUUUAGCGUCUCUGGUCUCGAUGAUUGUGUCCCCCUCCGCCCCCCGUCGUCCAUUUGUGUUUCCUGCCUCGUGUCCUGGGACGUGGCCCCUCAGAACUCGUGCACAUUGGCGCCCAGCACCCACGAAGCAGUGCGUAGUUCCCUGGGGCUCUGCUCCCGGGGGACUCGGC